AUGGCUGUUGCCACUGCAAAGCUCACCUUCACUGCCUUUCCAACCUUCCACCACCACCGUCGCCGCCGUCUGACACCGGUUUUUCCCGCCACCUCAGCCAAUAAAGAACCGCUCCCGUUAUCCAAACCCAUUAUUAGUUUUUCCUCAAGGAGAAGGCUUAAGGUUUCAUCCAAGGCCACUGAUGUUUCUUCUUCUUCUUCCCCUGCUCCGGCACCGGCUGUGUCUGAGAACUGGGUUCCGGUGGUCCCACUUGCGGCCCUUCCAAAAGGGGAAAGGCGCGUGAUCAUACAAGAUAACGAGACUAUAUUGCUUCUGUGGUUUAAAGAUGAAGUUUUUGCUAUUGAAAAUAGGUCCCCUGCUGAAGGGGCUUAUUCCGAAGGUUUGCUCAAUGCUAAGCUCACUCAGGAUGGCUGCAUAGUUUGCCCAACUACUGACAGCACAUUUGAUCUGCAAACUGGUGCUAUUAAAGACUGGUAUCCUAACAAUCCAGUCCUGAGGGUAUUGACUCCUCCUUUAAGAAACUUAUUUGUUUUCCCAGUGAAAAUCGAAGGUGAAAAUAUCUUCAUAAGUAUAAAAGGUGGUGUAGCUAAUGCUUCUGCGGAGAUAGUCUUCAGCGGCAAGGCUCAACCUGGUGUAACUGCAACCAAUGUCAAUGUUGACGAGGUACGAAUGGUGGUGGAUGAGGAUUCAGAAGGGUUUGGUUUUACCGGGAAAAACGAAUUGAUAAAUGGAAAGGCUGCCGUUAUUGGUUUUCUUCUGCUAUUGGACUUCGAGCUAUUAACUGGUAAAGGUCUCCUCAAGGGAACCGGGUUCUUGGACUUCAUUUACUCCGUUUCAAAUGCUUUCAACUGA